UUUGUUUCAUUUCCCUCCAGGGCUGUAGGUGGCAGUAAUGUCUACUUUAUCUGGCUCCCUUAAAGUAGAGCAGCAUUCCGUUUCCUGUUUAUCUUUCACGACUAGCUUAGGUGGAGGCAGAAAGUUCUAGCUCUGCAAUCAAUGAAAUAUUUCAGAAAACCCUCUUUAGGUUUCACGAGGAAGUGAAGGCUACCAGAAACUUUCAGUGCAAAUCAUUUUUUCCUUUUAGAAAUGGAGCUAAAGCAACCAUAGAUCACGGAAGACAAACCUGCCAGGAUGCCGGAUCAUUUCAAACAAAUAUUUUAGCCUCUGCUCUUUUCCCCAGUCUCUUCUCCGCUAAUGUUCCCAGCGGGUCGUCAGACGCAUGUCACGGCUCAGGUCCACAAUCGACAGCGUCACCAAGGCAGUGGGAGGCACGGACCUCAUCUCCAGGUUCUCCCGCUUCAAACCUGGCGGUGCCGCAGCCAACGGUGCCCUCUCUGAGAAAACGCCACUCAAAGCUGAGACCUUCAGUGCUAGAGACACCUCUUCUGGAGGAAUGAAGGAAAAGGCAGGUGGGACAAAUGGAGCAGUGGAGGAGGCAGAUGAGCAGAGGGAGCAAGUUGCAGAGAAGCCUUUCGUUGCCCAAACAAAGUCACCGUCCACCUCGGCUUCAGCAGCAAACGCAGCCGCUCUGAGCUCCACCUCAACUGUGGCAAAGCAAACCAGGCAGCUGUUUCACCCAACAGCUCUGUCCACGAACAUGGACGAGACGUACAAGACUCUGUCCAACCACAUCAACAGUUACUUUGGUCCAAACGCACCGGGAGAAGAUGGAGAGAACAGGCAGCAUCUUUCUGAGCCCGUUCCGCAUGUCACCACCCUGAGAACAACGGAACCCAUUCCUGUUUUGUCUCCAGUCUCAGAGACCAAGAGUACCGAAGCGCCCGCUACCUCUCCACCCUCAGAAAAACCCAGUCCGGCCGAAGAGACCACCGCCACUGCUACCCAAGCUGGUGAGAGCACAGCCGUGUCUGUCUCCCCCAAAAAAGGUUUCACCCACUACCUGUCGUACCCUCGGCCCAGCGUCCAGGCCUUCGUUGGUAGCUACAUCGCGCCCCUUGUUCCCAAGUUUCGAGGCGAUCCAAAAAAAGCGGCGGUUGACAAGGAGAAGUCUACCGCAGACGGUUUAGCUGAACCUACAGUGGACAAAGCAGUGGAGAAGAUUGAGGGUGAAGAGGAAAAAGCUGAAAAGGCAAAGCGGCAGCAGCUGCUAAGUCAAAGGGAAAAGAUAAUAGCCAGAGUGAGCGUGGACAACAGGACCAGAGCCCUGGUGAAGGGUCUGCAGAGGGUCUCCGACGUGGAGCUCCUCACCACUCGAGUGGAGGAGCUCAGUUUUCACCUCCUGGAGUUUCCCGAGACCCGGGGCGUGGCAGUCAAGGAGAACCUGUUGCCGUGCUUGCUGCGACUGCGCCAGGCCAGGGACCUUUCCCUUCAGGCGGCUGUUAGGGAAUCUCUGGCGCUGGUUGGCUACACAGACCCGGUCAAAGGCAGAGGAAUUAGGGUGCUGGCCAUAGAUGGAGGAGGCACAAGAGGACUGCUGGCCCUCCAGACUCUUCAUAAGCUGCAAGACCUGACUGGAAAACGCAUCCAUCAGCUGUUCGACUACAUCUGCGGAGUCAGCACUGGCGCCAUUUUGGCUUUCAUGCUGGGGAUUUUCCAGAUCCCCUUAGAAGAGUGCGAGGAUAUGUACAGAAAGCUGGGCUCGGACAUCUUCAAACAGAACGUCAUCGUUGGAACUGUGAAGAUGGGCUGGAGCCACGCGUUCUACGACAGCGAGAUGUGGGAAAGCAUCCUCAAGGAACGUAUGGGUGAGGGACGCAUGAUUGAGAGUGCAAGGGACCCACACUGCCCCAAAGUGGCAGCGGUGAGCACCAUUGUCAACAGAGGUUUGCCUCUGAAGGCCUACGUAUUCAGGAACUACAGGCUCAUGCCCGGAGUGAGGUCCCACUACCUUGGAGACUGCAAACACAAGAUGUGGCAGGCCAUCCGGGCCUCGUCUGCCGCCCCCGGAUACUUCCAGGAAUUUGUUCUGGGAAAAGACCUCCAUCAGGACGGAGGACUCCUCAUCAACAACCCCACGGCUCUGGCCAUUCACGAGUGCAAGUGCCUGUGGCCGAACGCACCCCUGGAGUGCGUGUUGUCUCUGGGGACGGGACGGUACGAGACCGUGGGCACGAACAGCACGAACUACACGAGCUUGAAGACCAAGCUGACUCACGUCAUCAGCAGUGCCACGGAUACGGAAGAGGUGCACACCAUGCUGGACGCCCUGCUGCCACCGGACACCUACUUCCGCUUCAACCCCCACAUGAGCGAGGACGUGCCGCUGAACGAGAACCGCCAGGAAAAGCUGAACCUCCUCAAAGGCGAAGGGGAUCGCUACCUCGAGCGCAACGAGGCCAAGCUGAAGAAGGCGGCCAGCGUGUUGGGCCAGCGGAAGGGCACCAUCCAGAAGCUGGCCGAGUGGGCCAAGCUGAAGGCCGACAUGUACGAGGGAAUCCCCUUCGUGUCCAAACUGUAAGUUUUUAAGGUAAUGAGGGGCAGGAGGAAAAAAAAAAAGCAUUUCUGGCACACUCUUAUUUGGAAUUAGAUUCAUUCCUAAACGUUUACAUGGGCUAAUGAUGAUAUUAACCCAGCGCUAAAAACUGUUUAUUUAUUACAAUAAUGAGAUGAAAGAAGUGGAGUUAAAUAAUGUGUUAUAUAAUUUUAUUUUUUUUGUUUAAAGGAAUAUGUGUGAUAGACACAAUAUUAUGGCUGAUGUAAGAUUAAAAAAAAAUUAUGCAUUUCUAAAAAAAAAAAAAAAAAAAUAGAAAACCAUGUACAAGUAUGAGUUGACUUGAUUUUGAACAUUGAAAAUGUAAAUAACUUACUUGUGUGAGACUCAUGUUCGUGGCCUGAUAUGUGGCUGUGUGUCGUGUUAAUUUGAACAUGUGAAACAAAUGCCUGAAAAUAGAGCUGCACCGAUCAGUCAGAACUUUUUUUCUCGUGUAUUAAAUGGAUGACGUCCCGCUAUUUACAUUCUAAAGAUGCGUUGACCUACUGCUUGCGCUUAAUUCAUAUAAAAAAUUCAAGGAAUUGGGGAAAUUUUCCAUUUCCUAUACAAUUCAAAACUUCUACCUCGGUCGCAGGAACUGCAGAACGUUUACCUUUCAUGUGAAGGUCAGUUAGGGAAAUAAAUUAUGAGAAAGUCGGACCUCAAAGAAAACUGAAAAUUGGUAUCGGCAAUGAACUGUCUGAUAGGUGCAUCUCUACCUGUAAGUGAUGUUUGCUUGCGUCCAUGGUAACUUGAAUAGAUUAGGGUGUAAAGGAUAUGUGAUUGCACAAUGGGAACUGAAAUAGGACUGCCUAUUACUAACACUGUACAAAAGUAAAACAAGAAAACUUGUGCACUUUGUAGGAUAACCUUUCUUUUAUCCUAGGGAGAAAAUGUAUCACUGUUUGAAACAAUCAUGAAUGUCUUUAAGUUCCUCUUUGUAGAUUUUAGGAAGAAAAUGAAACAACUACAUUCGCUGGCCUAAUUCUAAAUUUUUUCAAAGCAUGCUUAUUCUGCUUAAAGCAUUGACUUUUGGGCCUUUCGUAUUGUGAGCAUGUUUAACACGAUGAGAAUCAACUUGCUGUGAUUCCUUCUUCCUCUGCUCCUUAAUGGAAUUUUAAAAAGAUCCAAAAUGUCACGAAAUAAUAAAAGUUGUUAUUAAAACGCACUUGA